CGAGCUGCCGGCAUGCAGCCUAGCAACCGAUAAGGACUCACUGCGCAUGCGUUCACCUCUCCAACAUGGCAGCCCCCGUAGAUCUCGAGUUGAAAAAGGCUUUUGCCGAGCUGCAGGCGAAGGUGAUCGACACCCAGCAGAAGGUCAAGCUGGCGGACCUGCAGAUCGAGCAGCUGAGCCGCAUGAAGAAACACGCCCACCUGACGGACACGGAGGUCACCACCCUGCCCGCGGACACGCGCAUGUACGAGGGCGUCGGCAGGAUGUUUAUCCUGCAGUCCAAGGAUGCGAUCCACAACCAGCUCCAGGAGAAGAGGAGGAACGCGGAGGAGAAGAUCAAGGAGCUUGAGCAGCGGAAGACCUACCUGGAGCGCAGCGUGAAGGAGGCAGAAGACAACAUCCGGGAGAUGCUGAUGGCCAGGAGGUCCCAGUGAAGACGGAGGGGUGGAGCACACAGGACCUGUUCUGUGUUUCUCCCCCGAUACAGCUCGGGCACUCCUGUCAUUUUACAUAUUUAAAUAGCAGUCACUGUACGUGAGUGUUGGAAGGUGUGUGGGGGGCAGUUCAGAUCAGUCAGCUGCCUGUGUGCGUCCCAGUAGUUUGGUUAGCUUUUUCAUCAGGUGAAAUCGGAAGUCCUCGUUUUGUGUCCGUGCUGUUUUCCAGCCGGUAAUGCUCUGCAUACACUGUGGUGUCAGUGUUUACUGAGACCAGUCGUGUUAAAUCUGAAGACGAUCCCAAAGUUUCUGUUUAAGCCCAUUAGAAAGUGCUCCUUGAUGUGUCUGAAUGAUGUCAGUCGGAGGUCUGGAUACAUCCAGACUGCUCUCUGGCUACUUUGGUUACUGCUUUUUUUUGUUCCACCAGACAUUUAGCACCAAAAUAAUAAAAUUAAUAAUAAAAAGUCUUCAACUUGU